AUGCGCCGGCGCCUGUGGCUGGGCCUGGCGUGGCUGCUGCUGGCGCGGGCGCCCGGCGCCGCGGGGACCCCGAACAGACCGCGGGGGGCGCGCAGCUACCCGCACCUGGAGGGCGACGUGCGCUGGCGGCGCCUCUUCUCCUCCACCCGCUUCUUCCUGCGCGUGGACGCCGGCGGCCGCGUGCAGGGCACCCGCUGGCGCCACGGCCCCGACAGCAUCGUGGAGAUCCGCUCUGUCCACGUGGGUGUCGUGGUCGUGAAGUCUGUCCACAAUGGCUUCUACGUGGCCAUGGACCGCCAGGGGCGCGUCUACGGGUCGCUUAGGCCCCUCCUGGGCCAAGGUGGGACCCACUGGGUGCAGGUGUGUCCCGGGGGCAGGGUGAGCGCCCUCAGGACUCCCCACCCGGUGCCCCCCACCUCCAGCCCACGUGGGGACGACGGCCACCAGCAUCCUGCUGCCUGGGGCCGCCCAUCACAACAGCUGAAAUAAAACUGUCGUUACCAAAGCUACAAAGACACGAGGAACUAGAACCACACGCACUGCUGGCAAGGAUGGGACACGGGGCAGCUGCUGGGAAGAUGGGUGCAACGGGCAACGCCUGGAUAUACCUGCACCCCCUCCGCCCUGCGCAUUCAGCCCACAGAGGCGAGGGCUGGCUGCAGCCCCUCACUGGCCGCCCAGCCCUCUGACCCGUGCAGAUGAGCCUGCAGUGCCGCCAGGGCCAGGGCACAGCGGAGGCGGGGGGACCCUCCGGCUUCUCUAACACACAGCGGAGAGGCUUGAAUGACACAAUCCUUCCCUGGCAGUUCUGGGGGUCAGGAGUUUGCUGAGCUAAAAUCGAGGCCCUGCAGGGCCAGUUUCUUCUGGGGGCUCCAGGGAGAACCUGCUUCCAGCUUUUCCCAGCUCCGGGGGGCUCCUGGGCCCAGGGACACUCCUCUGCCCGCGAGGCCAGCAGCAGGCGUCUCCUCUUGGACCCUUCCUCUAAGGGCCCCCAACGCUCCAGGAGCCUCCCCCAUCUCAGGGCCUUUGCUUCAUCCCACCUGCAGCCCCUUUGGCCAAGUGAGGUCCCACGUCCCAGGUCUUGGGGAGUCUGGCCCUCAGUCUGGCUCCUGCGGUGACCUCAGAAGUUUCCCGGGUGACAGGAGAGGCUCCGUCUGUCCCCUGUAGUGUGGCCACGCGUGUGACCGCUUUCCUGGAGACUCACAGAAACGCCGACACUGGGAGAACCUGAGCCCUUCGCCCCAGUCCAGUCAGCUCCAGGCAACCCCUCCGGGGCAGCAGCCGCAACCCCACGCCGGGCACUCACCCCGGGUGCCCUCCCUGUGGCAGCACCUGCGGCAGCACAAGCUACCACCAGGGAUGGCUAGAUCCAGGGCCCACCAGCUCCACGCACCAGUGUGGACAAACCAACGGACACACAAUGCGGAAGAGACACGCACAGAGCCCAGGGCAGGCAGCCGCAUGGACGAGGAACAGAACAGCAGAGUGCAAAGAGUGUGCAUUUGCUCAUUUUGAAAAAUGAACAUUCUAGAAGGGUCCACAAUAAAUGAACAUGAACGGUUCCCGGGGGGGUGGGGGGCACUCCUGGUUAUGUCCACACAGUCUGCUUUUGGACCACGCGAUGGUCAGAAUCUUUACAGAUCACGAGAAUGCUGUGGCCCCAGGCUGCUGUGCCCACAGCGGGAACGGGGCUGGGGGUAACCGGGAGGCCCCGGCCCCGACACCGCAGCCUGGCUCUGCUCCUGCACCGUCCCUGCACGCUGCGGGGGCUCCCGGCAGUGACAGCGUCCCAAGGCGAGCUCCGAGGGUGCUGCGGGUCGGAGGACUGGGGGCGGCUGCGCCAAGAUGCGAGGCCGAGGACAUGCGAGACCCCCGGACGCAGGCCGUCUCCAUGGUGUGACGUUCUGCGCCUCGGUGCUGUGCUGCCAUCUUCUCACUCACGUUGCAGGAUUUGAUGUCCGUGAUUCGGGUCGGGAAUCCUGGGUUCGCUGAGCUCCGGGGGCAGGUGGGGGUCGGCUCGGCCUUCCGGCCCCUGCAGGGGGCAUACACCAGCACCGCACACCCCUGCUCGCCGCACACUGGUGGAAGGAAGACACCGGACCACCUGCUUCUCUGAGUUGCUGUAUUUUUAAAUAGCUUUCAAGAUACAUGUUUUUUCCCCUUUAAAAACCGCCCAUCGGGGCAGCUCUGUCCUCAGUUCCUUCUGGUCGUCCUCGUGGCCCGAGCCCCCACACGGCCAGGCCCACAGGGUGGAUGGGGCGAGGCUGCCGCGGGGCCUGCCUGGCCAUGACCCUGGCUCGAGCAGCUCUCCCAACUCCACAGAUCAUGUGAAAAAUGGCUUCUUAGGAGCUAAAACGUCCAUUUAUUUCAA